UAUUGUCUCAUUCUAGCUUCAUCAUUUAUUAGACAUAAAACAAGGACAGAAAAUCUCGGUGCGAGAGCAUGUGAGAGUAUCGAUACUUCAUUUGGCUGCGACGAAUAUCGAUGCUGAUAUAUCGAGAGGUCAAAAGAGAGAGAAAAAGAGAGAGGGGCAUCGAUAUUCACCCGUCGAAAUACUCCGGAGUCAAUGGCCAUCGCUGCCGGCUACAGCUGGUUGUAAGCUGGCGGAGCGAUUCGAAAGCGAUGACGAUCGUUGCAUGCGUCGAGGCGACGGGCCGCAGUCAAUAAUGAGAAAACGAGAUUUACGGGAUAUCGCUGCAUCAGAUCUGUACACGCGCCUGCCUGCACGCAUCAACGCUGUGUCACACGCCCACUGAAUGCUGAUAAGGGGCCGCGGUUAGAUCCCUGCAGCUCCCACGUCGCUGGACCCCUGCUUAGUAUCACAUCAGUCACAUGUGCUACGAAAAUGAGCAUCCUGCGAAAGAGAUUGAGCGAGUUUGACGAUGUUCUCGAUGCAGAUGAGAUAGAUACGGUCAGCCUUAGUAAAAUAUGUUUUCAUGGCAUACCUGACGAGCCCGGUGGGCUGAGGCCUUUAUGUUGGAAACUGCUAUUGAAUUAUUUGCCACCGAUAAAGUCUAAUUGGAUAGAGACUUUAAAACGUAAAAGAGAGUUGUACAAUACUUUCAUUGAGGAUCUCAUUGUUAUGCCUGGAGAAUCAAAUACCGAUGACAAAGAACGAGUCGAUGUAACGUUACAUGAUCAUCCUCUCAAUUUAAAUCCAGAUAGUAAGUGGCAAACAUACUUUAAAGAUAAUGAAGUUCUACUUCAGAUUGAUAAAGAUGUUAGGCGAUUAUGUCCAGACAUAUCAUUUUUUCAACAAGGCACUGAUUAUCCAUGUCAAAAGAUAGUGAAUGCUAACGGUCAGCGUUUACAUCACAGAGUUCAACACACAGUACUGAAAAGCGCAAACGUUGAGAGAAAGGGCUUAGGAGUAACAAAGAUAGCGGUUUCUGUCAGAAAGGCUACGGAAGAUUACGCGCCAUUAUCUGAAGGUGGUGAAGCACACUGGGAAGUUUUGGAAAGAAUACUCUUUUUAUACGCUAAAUUGAAUCCUGGCCAAGGUUACGUACAGGGAAUGAAUGAAAUAGUUGGACCUAUAUAUCACGCAUUUGCUUGUGAUCCAGAUCCCACAUGGAGAAAACACGCUGAGGCAGAUACUUUUUUCUGUUUUACUAAUCUGAUGGCUGAAAUACGUGAUUUUUUUAUAAAGACGUUGGAUGAAGCUGAAUUUGGAAUUAAUUCGAUGAUGAGUAAAUUGACCAAUCAAGUUAGAGCCAAUGAUCCUGAUAUUUGGUUGCGUUUACAUCAGCAAGAGCUAUGCCCGCAAUAUUACAGCUUUAGAUGGUUGACACUCCUUCUUUCGCAAGAAUUUCCUCUGCCGGAUGUUAUGAGGAUAUGGGAUUCCUUGUUUGCUGAUGAGAAUAGAUUCAGUUUCCUCAUACAUAUCUGCUGUGCUAUGAUCCUAUUACUCAGGGACCAGUUACUGGCCGGCGAUUUUGCUACAAAUGUUAAACUCCUGCAGAAUUUUCCCUCGAUGGACAUCCAGAUUGUGCUCUCUAAAGCCGCUGCCCUGGCAGGCAAGACUUUAUAAUUUUCGUAAUUAAUUAAGAACAAUAGCGGACAAGAUGCAAUAAUUUCUCGAUAUGUCAAAUAUCAUGAUUUUCUUCCUCUCCUUUUCCUGAAUUGUUACAACUACAUGUGCGUGAUAUAUCGUAAAGUGUAAUUUUAUAUACCAUCGUCAUUCCCGAGAGGAAAGAAAUGCAAUGAAAUAUCAAUUAUAAUAUAAUAUCAUAUAGAUGUUCAAGUUGAU